GCCGGAGCGAGGGUGGCAGGCAGCAGCACAACCAAACCACAUCCAUCCUCUUGUCACUCUCAAGUGCUCGUCGUGUUCUACUCUCAGUUUCAACGAUCCAUCCAUGGCGGAGGAGAAGCACCGCCACUUCUUCCACCACCACAAGAAGGACGAGGAGGACCAGCAGCCGGCCGCCGCCGGCGAGUACGGCGGCACCGCCGAGUACUCGGAGACCACGGUGACGGAGGUGGUAUCCACCGGCGAGGACGAGUACGGCAAGUACAAGAAGGAGGAGAAGGAGCACAAGCACAAGCAGCACCUCGGCGAGGCGGGCGCCAUCGCCGCCGGCGCCUUCGCCCUCUACGAGAAGCACGAGGCGAAGAAGGACCCGGAGCACGCGCACAGGCACAAGAUCGAGGAGGAGAUUGCGGCGGCGGCGGCCGUCGGUUCCGGCGGCUUCGCCUUCCACGAGCACCACGAGAAGAAGGACCACAAGGACGCCGAGGAGGCCGGCGGCGAGAAGAAGCACCACCUCUUCGGCUGAUCGCCCAUAUCCAACGUGCUGUAUGCAUGCUGUGCAUGGCCUCUACAUACAUACGUAUAUAUAACUAUAUGCAUCUUAACUUCUCCCCGUGUAACGUGUGUGAGUGACUGAGAGGUGAGCUCGUGCGUCUGUUGUUGGCUUUUCUGCAUAUAUACAUAUGCUUGUUCAAUAAUCUUGGAGCCUGGUGUGUACUUGAUUUUUACUUGUAUAAGUACAUGUACUGUAUACUCUCUCGUCACGAAUAAGUGUCGUUUUGAGUUACAUAUAGACAAUCAUUCUAAACUUUGGUUACAUAUUAUAUUUUA